GAAAUUUCAAAAAAUUGAGUAAUUCUGAAAGAAUGUAAACUGUAAUAAAGUUUUAAACUUAUAUGAAUAUUCAGUGGCUUUUUCUGGGAACUUAAAAAUAAACGAAGGAACGUGGUGACCUCGGUACCCCUAUAAUCUACAUACCGUAACAUUCCUGUUUCGUUAGUAAGGUCCAUCGAAAAACGGUAUCCUAAUGCAGGUGAAGAAUUGGGUGGUCAGUUUGGGUUAUGGGUAAGGGGCAAGGUAAGGUCAAGGGUAGGAAGUCUUUAUAAAAAUGAACCCGCCCGUUCGGGACGAGUCAUUAAGAAAUUUUUCGUGGGUGAACUACAGACAACUUUUGAUAAAUUUUUAAAAAAUGUUUUGUAAUCACAAAAUGAUUAUUAAUGGGUUAUCGUUAAUGAUGCUGUUUUCGUUUACAAAUGGAUUCUUUUGGGGGUCAUCUUCAGAACCCGAAUCAACGCCAAAACCACAAAUUUACGCUUAUCCAUACCCCUCAAUUUAUCAUCAAAGAUAUUUACAAGCUCAACUUCACCAACAAGGACCUGUUCAACAAAUACCAAAUAUUCCCCAAGAAAUUCCUCACGAUUUACAAAACCAAGGGGUUCCAGCGAUCCCCAUUCAAGUGCCGUUAUCAGCCCAAUUUUCUCCUAUUCAAAAUUUACACAACGUCCAACUUGUGCCGUGUUUAUGUCCAGUUUCGCCAAAUGUUGAAUAUGAAAAAGUACAAGAACCUUCAUCUAGAAUUUUAUGAAAAAAUCUUAG